UGAACGUACACCACAUGUACAAUGAAUAACAAUGUAAAACAGUCAGUGUGACAUCCACUGAGCGAGCAACAGCUUGUUUGCACUUCGAUCAGCUGUGAACAUGUCGAGAUUAUUUGCCAUGGCAUCUCAGCUUAGGAGUCUGGUUUAUGAUGAUAACAGGUACCAGAAAUCCUUCCAGCUUUUUCUGGAGCGCUCCUCUGAGCAUCAGUGUAUGCAGGACUUCAUCCACAAUAUGCUGCCAGAUAUACUGGCCAGCAUUGGAGAUGGAAAGCCCCAUCUAAAUGUCAUUGGAGUUGGAAGUGGAGCUGGUGAGAUUGACCUAGAGAUGCUCUCCGUGCUUCGUCUGAAGCACCCAGGGGUGACGGUGGAUAACGAGGUGGUGGAGCCGAGCAGCCAGCAGCUACAUAACUACAGAGUUUUGGUGGCACAGAAACCAGAUUUAGAUUACAUCAAAUUCACUUGGAACAAGAUGACUGCCUCUGAGUUUGAGGAGCACUGGAAAGUGAAAAAGAUGACUAAGAAGGCUGACUUCAUUCACAUGAUACAGAUGCUGUACUAUGUGAAGGAUCCUGGAGCUACAAUCAGCUUCUUCCAGAGUCUUCUUGACAAGAAUGGGAAGCUUAUAUCAUGCUAGUGUCUGGUAAGUGGAUGGAGUGGUUGGGGAAAGCUGUGGCAUACCUACAGGAAACAGCUCUGUAACACAGAAAUAAGUCAGUGUGUGACCGCAGGAGACAUCAAAAGCAUCCUGGACUCCAAGGGAGUGAGCUACCAGAGCUACGAGCUGCCAUCUCAAAUGGACAUCACUGAGUGUUUCACUGAGGGGGAUGAGAGGGGAGAGCUGCUACUUGAUUUUCUCACUGAGGUGCUGGACUUCAGUAAAACAGUCUCACCUGAGCUGAAAGCCGGUGUCUUGGAGUUACUUCGGCACCCAGACUGUAGUAUAGAGUCCAACGGAAAGGUUAUCUUUAACAACAACCUUGGAGUGAUAGUCAUAGAUCAGUCCACUUAAAAACAGUGUUAAUACAGUGAUUGCAGUAGAUUAAUUACAUAGUUGUUGAAUUAGUGGUUAACAAGGUGAUUGUUUCAAACUGUAUAGUGUGUAAUUGACUGUGCAUAAUAACAGGCUUUUAGCCUAUGUGGGAAACACCUUGUUUUACAUGAUCAGUUCUAGACAGACCUGCUUUCACACAAUCUGAACCUGAUCUCCAGGAGUCUAUUUUAAUUAUAUUGUUUUUUUCAGAUAUUGUGUUGAUACCAUUAUGUAUUACUUCAAUGUAAUCUUCAAUACUUGUAAUAAAAUAAAAUAAAAUAAAAUGUUGUAAUCAGCUUCA